AGAAAAAAGAAACAAAAAAAAAAACCAUUCCAACAUGGCUUCUACAAAUUUGGAUGUCAUUGGAAACUUACCUGAUAAUCUUCUCACAAGCAUUGUCUCUCUCCUCCCUUUCAAAGAAGGUGCAAGAACAUGUGUUUUAGCCAAGCGUUGGCGCCACAUUUGGCGAUCAUCUAAACUCAUUGGCUUUGACAAGCAACUAGUUGCGAAUCCCAAUGACGAGUUCGUCGUGGAAGGAAACAACAAUGUUCAAAUCAGAGGCAGUUUCAUUAACUUGGCGCCAAGUUGGAUCCAUAACCACCCUGAUGAUGAUUCUGCUUAUUCUAUAGAUAAGUUUUCUCUUACAAUCUCCACACCAAACACUUAUCUGGAUCAUGUUACUAAAUGCAUUUCUUUUUGCAUCGAAAGAGAAGUGAAGAUUGUUUGGCUUGAUUUUUCUGAUUCAAAUUGGAAUGAUGAAGACUAUGGAACCAAUCACGAAGCGAAUUUCAAUUUGCCUUUGGCUUUUUACGAUCAUAAGACUGUUGUUUCUCUUAAGUUGUUUUCAUGCAGUUUUCUUGGUUCAGAGUUCAACUCUUUCAACUUUCUGAAGGAACUUUGUUUGGGGUGGAUCAGAUUGUCCCUGAGAACUCUCAAGACCUUGAUUCAAAAAUGUGAGUUGUUGGAGAUUUUGAGUCUAAAAAGAUGUUGGAACUGCGAGGCUAUUGAAAUCAGUGGACCAAACUUGAGGCUUCAAAGUUUAACUAUAGACAAAUGUGAUGUUAUCAAUAAGUGGAUAUUCAUUCGUGCACCGAAUAUGAAAAUUUUUAAGUACUCGGGUGAAAUUUGCACUUUUGAGAUGGAGAGAACAUGGAAUAUAGAGGAGGCUGAACUUGAUUUUGGUGUUGAAUCUGAAUAUUCUGAACUUGGUGAGAUUCUUCAAAGUCUACUUCGUGAUCUUUCUGAAGCUAAGACUUUGACAGUGUGCAGUUACACACUUCAGGUACGUAUAUUUCCUUUGUUAUUACAUAAUAUUUCUUUUUUGUUGCCAAUUUUAACUAUUACAUAUUCUGAAAGUAGUGUAUAUAUAUCAUUGUUUUCAUUACAGGUUAUUCCUUCUAUUGAUGAGCCCCUUAGUCUGAGCAAUUAUUUGGAUAUCAAACACUUGAUCCUAAAGACUGCUAUGCAUGAGAAUGAAUUUUUUGGCCUCAUUUUUUUGCUCAAGAGUUUUCAUCGUCUAGAAACUCUUACAAUUGAUAUCAACCCUGACAGAAAAGCUCUAACGGUUUGUAAUUUGCUUAACUUGUAACUUUCAUUUAAAUAGUCUCAUUAAUAUUACUUUUUGUAAAUAUAUAUUCUUAAUUAAAAUCUAAUUACUUCAGGAUUAUGAACCUCCUUUCAAUCAGCGCUGGACUCAAUUUGUGAAAGUUUACACAUGUGUUAAGGAAACUUUAAAAGUGGUUGAGGUAAAUGGCUUCAUGGGAUCAGAUCAUAAUACAUUUGUUCUACUGAAAUAUUUUGUGAAUUUUGGUGCUGUAAUGGAAGAACUGAAUAUUAAAGUCAUGGGCGAUGGUGAAUCUUCUGAAGUGGGCCUUCAUAAGGCCCAAAUGUUGCAAGCCAGCGAAAAAGCUUCGCCACUUUUGCAAAUUUCAAUCGCUUAAGUUUGCUAUGUGUGAGUGUUUAUACAUAUAUAUGCUAUUAUUUGAGUUUUUGUUUAUGGUAUUAUUAAGUUAAUAUUGUGUUGUAUGGAGCUGGACUAUUGUGAAUCUUCUGAAGCGAGCCCUUUGCAAGGUCUAGACACUGCAAAACUACUAUCAAUUAUUUUCUGUCGUUUGAAAUAUUUUAUUGUAACUGCUGUUAUUGUAAUGUUUGGAAGACAAAUAAAUUGGCUUGUUUGUGUAAUGUUACUAUGUUUAAUACAAGUAUUUUAUUAUAUUUUAACUCUCAUGUUUACAAAGUUAUAGUUUAAUCAGAUUGAGUUAAAAGUGAAACAUUGGUAGCUUACCGAUCGAGUAUUUUUUUUUUUUUUUCAUCUUCGAUUUCAAAAGUUCAGAUAUCAUUACCUAUCUUAUUUUUAACACUUCUUGAUUAUUGAGCUUAAUAAUAUAUAAUAAAAUAUAUGGAAAAAUUAUGAAAAUAUUAAUAGAAAUUAGUUAUGAAAUAAUAAUAAUAUUGUAAGCCAUAUAUGUGGAACACCUGUUUUUUACAAUUCAUAUGUAGUCAGUUGUGUUAAUUAAGCACAUGCCAUUACGGAGUCAUAUACCCACAAAGACACCACAUUAACUCAUUAAGCACAUGCCAAUACUGAGUCAUAAUACCCACAAAGACACCACACAGUUAGAAUAAUAUACGUAUAAACAAGAGCUAAGAAUGAUUA